AAGGAGUGAAGUAUGGAUCCUUAUUGUUUGUGUCAAGGAUGUCUAUAGUCACAUAACAGGUGCCCGUCUGCUGAGGACGACCUCUGUCUCUUGCCUUCACCUGCAGAAAAAGGUCAAAGGGUAAAAAAUGACCUACUAUGUAGGCGGGAUGAAUGAAAAUAAUAACAACGGGGCUAUUUUUAAACUUGAAAAACCGGUUUUCUUACCUGAUCAAUACACAGGACAUCAUCGUGUGCAGUUAACGCCGAACAUAGAAUCGGCAUUGUCCAGAAGACAUGGAGAUUUUCCUCCUGGUUGCUGGACUGUUUGUAGUAGCAAAUGGACAAGUUAAUUAUGCCCCCGUUUUCGACACAGUCAAUACAACAGGUAUUGACGGAGACUUGCGACAAAGACUUGUCACGCAGGGUGUCCUGGAAAGUGUCCCAGUAGGUACAGAACUUGGAAAAUUGAAAGCCCGUGUUCCCCAAAAUCCCAAUGCAGUAAUACUAUAUGAAGCUACAAGCCAGUCAUUGGAUGUCAAAUCGGAUGGAUCUGUGUUGCUUGCAAGGCCAUUGGAUAGAGAGGCAGCUUCUUCAACAGGAAAUAAUCUGAAGGUCACAUUUGUGGCUUACUAUUUCACAAACCAGGGAGUUAGGCUCCAAGCUGAUACCUCCAUUACCAUCACAGUUCUGGAUGUCAAUGAUGAAGCACCAAGGUUUGAAAAUCUACCAUACAAUGCAAAAGUAGCAGAGGAUGCCUCGAUUGGGACCACUCUGUACAGUUCCAUUCUUGUGCGAGAUUUAGAUGUGGGUUACUAUUCAGAGAUCCAACUCUCUUGUCAUGUCCUUCCAAAUAAUCCAGAGAGUCAGUCAGCCUGUGACACGUUCGGAGUUAACACACGACAGAAUGCCCAGGGUAACUACACAGGAUUUGUGUUUCUCAAGAGAACUGUGGAUUAUGAAGUAAAGAAAGGAUACACAAUGACCAUCAAAUCCAUUGACAACCCUUCUCGACUGGGAGGUGGCUCACAGCUGAGCUCGACAAUCAACAUUCUUAUAGAAGUGAUCGACCAACAGGAUUCUCCUCCCCGAUUCCUUAAUACCCCCGUCACUGUCACUGUGUUUGAAAAUACUCCAAACGGUACAAGAUUGGGUGUCAUUACUGCACAAGAUGGAGAUGAAGGAAGCCCUCGACCAAUCAAAAUUGUCAAUAAAGAAACUCAACUUGCCAGAUAUGAUUUUGAUGUGGAGGCUAUAGAGUUAGAGAACGGUGUGGAGACUGAUCAGAGGGUGAUGACCAAGGUUAUAGUGACUAUCCUGGAUGAAGAUGACAACAUUCCUACAUUUCAGCCGUCUUUUUAUAAUGUGACGGUGUUAGAGAUGGACAGCAGUAGCUCUUUCGCCAAUUCCACCACGCCAUUACCAGGCCUUACUGUCAGAGUCGAGGACCCAGACGAUGCGAGUAAUGCCUUGUUUAACAUCUCCAUCUUGAGUCAGCCGGUGCCUGGUCUGUUCAGAGUAACCCCCACUCAGGCCUCCCAACUGGCUCAAGCCUCCCUCAUCGUAAUGGACGCCAAACAGCUGGAUUACGAGAACCCUAACGUCCGCACACAACAGAUUUUGUUGUUAGCUAAAGACGUCAACAAUCCCAUUAACCAUUCGUCCACGGCGACGGUGAUCAUUAAUCUGGAGGACAGUAACGAUAAUACCCCAGUAUUCCUAGCCUCAGAGUAUUCGGCCUCGGUCAGAGAGGACCGUCCUGUUGGGAGCUCCAUCAUUACCAUCACUGGUUCAGAUAGAGACAGUGGAGAAAAUGGCCGUUUAGUGUAUUCACUUCGUGGCACAGGAUUAGAAAAGUUUAACGUCGAUUCAUCCACAGGCCUUGUUACUCUGGCUCAGCCACUAGAUUAUGAGGAUACAACCUCCUAUCAGCUGUUAUUCAGGGCCCAGGACAGGGGGAGUCCCAGUCGUGAGUCUGCCGUCAGUCUCACCAUCUCUGUUCUUAACUAUAAUGACUUUGGACCUAUCUUUAGUCCUGAUUCUUACCAAACCUCGGUGAAUGAAGGAGAAACCAACAUUUUGAUCCCCGUUAUUGUCAAGGCUCGAGACAAAGAAUCUCUGGAUAACAUCACUUACGCUAUUGUUGCUGGAAACACCGUUGAUAACGCCUUUAUUCUCAACAGUAGAACAGGAGUACUCUCCCUUUCCAGGGGACUUAACUAUGAAGAGACUCCCAAUAGGAGGGGAUAUUUCCGACUGAUUGUACAAGCUACUGAUGCUGAUAUUCCCCCACAGUCGGCUAACACAACUAUUGACGUCCUAAUCAUCGACAAGAACAACCAUGACCCCCAGUUUGUACAGUCCCAGUACACGGCUCAGAUCAGUGAGGGAUCCCCUCCAGGAUCCUUUGUGAAGACUGUGUCUGCUACUGACCAGGACUUUGGAUCCAAUGGAAAUAUCUCCUAUUACAUCUGGAGUGGAGGGCUGGACCACUUCACCAUAGACCAGCAGGGGCAGGUCACAGUUAGUGGUGGGGCAGCCUUGGAUGUGGACAAUGUCAGGACAUAUGACAUCACAAUCCAUGCCCGAGACAAGGGCAGUCCUCCCAGGACUGGAUCCACCACCCUCAUAGUGACCCUCACAGACUCCAACAACAAGGAUCCAUUCUUUACAAAACAAGUGUACAUUGGAUCAGUACAAGAGACUGUGUCUAUUGGGACAUCUGUGAUACAGGUGAGAGCUAAUGACACGGACAGCACCAAGUCACUGCAGUAUUCCAUAGACAGACUCUCCAUUAUUGCCAAGAGCACAGACGGGACACAGAUUAGAGCAUUAUAUCCUUAUGACUUCAGGGAAGCCUUUGAGAUAGAGCCUACCUCUGGAGUGAUUAAGGUGAAAUCAGCCCUUAGUCGAGACAGUGCAGCUGAGAUAGAUUUCAAUGUUAUUGUUAAGGAUGUCAAUGCUGAAAAUAAUAAAGAACAAACAGCCAAAGCCCUUGUGUUGAUAACGAUCCUGGGAUCUGCUGAUCUGACCCCCUACUUUGCCCCUCCCUGGACAGUGACAAAUCCUUCAUAUUAUUACACCCUGCCUGAGGAGGUGGCCAUCGGCACAGUGACGUCUACCCUUAUAGCCACAGACCCCAAGGGACCAUUCCAGAUCACCAACUUCCAGGAGGUAGCUGAAGUGAAUCAAGGCGAUGUAGGCGAUUACUUCUCUGUCAAUCAAACAACAGGGCAGAUUAAAGUAAACAGACGUUUAGAUUAUGAGAACUUGAACUCCAAACUGAUCAGAUUCCGUGUACGGGCAUUCUCUCAAGAUGGCACCCGCAGUGUGGAUGCUAACAUCACCAUUCAAGUUCAGGACAUCAAUGAUAAUGUCCCAGAAUUCACACAAACAAAAUAUACAGUCACUGUAUCUGAGGACAGAGUUUAUCCAUAUCAGAUUGCUACAGUGUAUGCUCGAGAUAAAGACAGCGGAAGUUACUCCGAGAUCGAGUACUCACUCAGCGGGCAAGGCUUUGACAAAUUCAUGAUCUUAAAAUCGAGUAAUGAAGUUGGAGUUGGGCUGAUUUUGAUCAGUGAUGGCACAGUUUUGGACCACGAGACAACCCAGGAGUAUAAUCUAUUGUUAACUGCCCAAGACAAUCCCUCCGCACAGUCCUCAGAAGUACGACAGAGGUCAUCAGUACCUUUGACAAUAAGAGUAACGGACAUUAAUGACAACCCCCCAGUGUUCUCCAGUAGGGAGUAUUCAUUCCUGACCGUGGAGAGCUAUGAUCUGAACACCAAUAUAGGAGAGGUUCGCGCCACUGACCUCGACAGCGGGGUCAACGGGGAGAUUGAUUACACCAUUGUAUCAGUAGACCCUGCUCCAAGAACACCAGAGGAGGACUACUUUGGAAUUUCACCAGAAAGUGGGAUGUUGUACAGCAAGAACUCCCUUAGGGGAGCCUCAGCUAAGUCCCCGUACAGACUGGAGGUUCAUGCCCAGGACCGCGGCACCCCUGUCCUAAUUAGUACAUGUAUCGUGUACAUCAAUGUCAGCAGUGGACAACUGGACAAUGGAAAACCUAUCUGGAUCUCCCCACGAUUCGGAGACUCCAAUGUUGUAACUAUUAUGAACAUAACUGAGCAUGCUGAUAUUGGGACCGCUGUGAUCCGAGCCAUAGCUGUACCCCGAACUCCGGGGGCCUCCAUUGAGUACUCGAUCCUCAGUGAUAACGAAGACGUAUCUGAGUUUGUCAUUGACCCGGUCACAGGGAUCGUCACCGUGGCCCGUAAUCACACACUGGACAGAGAGAAACAAGAGACCCAUGAUUUGAUCUUACUUGCGACCGAUACAUUAAACAGAACUCUACAGAGUACACGACUUCUGUCCAUUAAACUACAGGACAUAGAUGAUGAAAACCCUUCCUUCAAAAACUGUCCGGAUAGACAGUAUGACAUUCCUACCGAGACGUCUGUCCGUGAGAGUGAGCCCAUAGGGACGGUAGUUUACACAGCUCAAGCUUGUGAUCUCGAUCUCGCUCCCUACAACUCGGUCCAGUACAGCUUCUACACCAAUGACAGCUUGUACUGUUACUCUAACAUCUCCCAGAGCUUUAAAGUUAAUGCAGCCACUGGAGAAAUCACCACUAACCAAGUUCUUGACCGAGAAUCUCAGGCUAGGUACCUCAUCUGUGUCCAGGCCAAGAAACCCGGCAGUCGCAGGAAGCGGUCACUUCCCAGUAAACAGGAGCUGGAGACGCACCUACAGCAGUACGCCGAGGACGACGUGCUGUUCCUCCUGGUGUCCGUGUCGGACGUUAAUGACAAUAAACCAACAUUCUCCCUAACCAGCGACUACACUUAUAUAUUUGCCUAUCCCACAAAGGACAAUGUUUAUCAGCUGACUGCCAGUGACCCUGACGUUGGGGACAAAGGACGAGUUCGUUAUAGCAUCAUUCACUCCCAGUACAUCAACACUGCCAAGAGCAGGAACAUUUCUGUGUUUGAUGCAUUCAAGAUAAACACUGAAACUGGUCAGAUCUCAGUUGGCUUUCAAGCCUAUAAGUAUUUCAUUGGAGGGUAUUUUGAACUGACCAUUAAAGGGGAAGACUACCUCAGAUCGGAGAUGUACAGUACAUACAACUUAAAGAUUUACAUUGGAGAGAAAUCCAGUCAGGUUCGAGUUGUGAUGGCUUCAAAUUUAAAUAGUGACCAGCAGAAGUUUGUAGAUGAGCUGGAAAGGAGUCUAAACAGCAAUCCUGAUUCUGUGCUGUACAUUCCUACAGACACCCGCUACCAUGUGACAGCCACGGGCACCAGUGCUAACCAGAUAGAUAUCUGUUUCUUUGUUGUGAGAAAUAAUCGUGUUGUGGAUUCCUAUGAUGGAACAGCAGCCCUAGGUGAUGUCCAGUCAGUACUUACCUCUAAGAAUCUCUACAGUCCAGGGCCCUGCGAGCCAGCCACCACUAAGACAUUAGAGGGCUGGUCAGCUUUCUGGUGGGUCCUCGUGGCCUUUGCCAUCUUCAUGUUCGUCAUCAUCGUCAUCCUGAUUUUCGCUGUGAAUGUCCUUUAUAAUGACUACAAAGAUUCAAUGCAAGCAAGAACAACUAUGCACAUAGUUCAGUGAUGUCAAAAGACUUUUAAAGAGUGGCUAUGAAAUUAAAUUUUGAAAAGCGAGGAGAGUCUACCCAUCUUGACUGGAAAUCCUUGUUUUCGCAUAGCUUCAUGUUCCAAGCAUACUGAUUUCACAACACAUAGAGGAAAAAAAUUAAUUAGGAAAAGAGUUAACAAGAAAACUGUAUGAGAAAUGUUAAUUUUUGUCAGAGGAAAGUUAAAAUAUUAUGCCUCACUCAUGUUUGUGUCUGAGAGUUAUCACAACUGUUAGAGGGGAGGGGAGUUUGCUUAAUGUGAACAUGUUGCUUGCCAUAAAUUUAGGAAGUUUUUUGAAUGAAUGUUUUUGAGUGUGAGAGGAUAGUGAAUAGUGCUGUUUGAUUGUGGAAAAAUGAUAAAAUAUAUGCUGUGAUGACACUGGAGGGUUAUUGCUCACUAUAAUACCCUUUCAUUUGUGUGAUAGCAAUAACAAUUAUAUCCAAAUAUCAAGCUAUACAAACAUUCCAACUUCUUGUAGUAAUAUUCCAAGGACUGCUUUGAGAGUUUUUUGAGAAUUCGAAAAAAAAAUUUAUCUAUGUAAGAAAAUGAUUCAUUUAUUGAGAACAGGAAAAUUUUGUUAUUGUUAACCUUUGUCUCGGUUAGUGAUGUGUAUUGUCAUAUAUUUUUAUAUUAUUUAUACAUAUUUUUGUACUAUGAUGCAAUUUUGAUAAAAAUAU